AUGCCUCCAUCACUACGCCCACUCGGCCGAGGCCGACACCUACACAUACACACACCAAGAACACCAACACGAUUACGGCAGUAUGCCACCACCACAGACUCCCCUCCGCUGCGCACCGCCCUCUUCUUCCCCGGCCACGGCGUCCAACGCAAAUCCAUGCUCAGCCCAUGGCUCUCCGCCUUCCCCAAAACCUGCAAGCCCUUCGUCGAAGAAAUGGACCACAUCCUGCAAUGCAACCUCUCUACCCUCAUAGAAGAAGGCCCCAUUUACAUGCUCGACAAAACCGAGAACGCCCAGCCCGCUAUCAUGGCCGUUUCAGUCAUGAUUCUGCGCGUGCUGGAGCAAGAAUUCGGUUUCAAGACCUCCGAAGCGAUCGACGUCACUUUGGGCCACAGCUUGGGGGAAUAUGCAGCGCUUGUGGCAGCGGGGUACCUCGACUUCUCCUUCGCGCUGCAACUCGUGCGGAAACGAGGCGAGAUCAUGGGCGAGUGCACGCGUCUCGCCAAGGAAGAAUCUGGCGAUCGCUACGGCAUGAUCGCGCUGGUCUGUGAGCCAGACCAACUAGACGGGCUGAUCAAAGCCGUCCAAGAGUUCCUCAGUCAGGGCAGCGAGGGCGCAAAGGACGACUCCUCCCACCCGCCGGCGAUCAAUAGGGUCAGUAUCGCGAACUACAACUCCCGCAACCAGAUCGUGCUUUCGGGGAGUUUCAACCGCAUCAAGAACUUUGGAGUUGAAAAGCAAUUCGGCGUUCCACAGUCCGAUUAUGGAGCUGCGUAUGAGUAUAUGCGCAAGACGCUUAAGCCAGAGCACGUUACCUGGCCGGGGAAGUGUCCGACUGUGAUGAAUGUAAGCGGGAAGCCAGCGGAGAGCAAGGAGGAUCUGAUGAAUUGCUUGUCGCGGCAGGCGAUUGAGACGGUGUUGUGGUGGGAUAGCAUCAAGUACCUCGAUAGACAAGCGGGGACACGGCGGUGGCUGGGCGUGGGACCUGGGAAGGUGGGGAGGAAUCUCGUGAGCAAGGAGGUGGGGAGGAGUAGUGCAAAGGGCGGAGGGGUGUGGAGUAUCAGCGAUCCGGGGGAGGUGGAAGCGACGUUGAGGGGUCUGGAAGAGACGGCGAAGGAGGCGAAUAGCUGA